AUGGAUUACGGCUCUGGAAUACAAGACGAUGAGCAGGCGCCCUGGGGCGCCUCACCUCCCGCCUCGCCCCGGCGCAACCAGAGCGCCUACAGCUCCCUCGGCAACGAGGCCACCUACGCUUAUGGCCCACAAGAUACAAACAACGGUACGGGACAAGACCAUGCCGCAGGCAGCACUUUCAGGCGACCCGAGUCUGCGAAUCAGGCCCAGCAACGCCAACAGGCACAACAACAGCAGCCUCCCCAGCAAACACAGGGAGCACCGCCACCACCACCACCACCACAACAACAACAACAUGCGCAUGACCAACCGCAUCCAGGAGCGCAAGGGCAACAGCCUCGUAGGCAAACUCAGCCACAAUACAAGUUACAGGCCAAAAUCACCGGGCUGGAACGAACUGGCCGCAAAGAUCCUAUCCUGAGAUUCGAUGUUCACACAAAUAUCCCGAGGUUCAGAACAACACAAUUCCGCGAUGUCCGCCGCAUGCACUCGGAAUUUGUCAAGCUCGCAGAUCACCUCGUUUCGGCUAACCCGGAUGCCUUUGUGCCUGCAGUGCCGCCCGCAAUCACAUCUGCCGGCGCCGGAACCGACGAAGACGAGACAAGAGUCAAGGCCCUCCUGCAAAGAUGGUUCAACUACGUGUGCAGCAACGAAGUCCUCAUGAGGGACGAAGAGAUGGUCUUAUUCGUGGAAAGCGAUUUUGGCUACAGUCCCAUGUACAAAAUGAAGCAGCCCGCGACCGGUGUCCGACGGAAGCUUCUCAAGCAGUUUGCGCCGCCCCCCGACGAUACCCCCGAGCUGUCCGAAGCUCGCCCUAUAGUCAAGCUGUUCUAUCUUGGAUCAAUGGACGCGGGUCACAAGGUGGAUAAGCUGGUCAAGGCACGCAGAGGACUUGGUCUCGCAGAAUCCGACUUCGGAGUCAAGCUGGGCGCCAUGAGCAUUCAAGAGCCACACCAAGGUCUCGCAAACGCCUAUCGUAAGCUAGGCAAAGUAGUACAGACGGUUGGCGACUGCCAUGCUGCGCAGGCAACUGCGGAAGCCACAACCAUUGGCGACCCCUUCCAAUACCAUUCGCAGGAUGCCUUCAUUGUCAAGGAAACCUUGACCAACCGUCAGCUCCUUAUUCGCGAGUUCCUCCAGGCCCAGGAGUCGACGCGCAGCAAACUCAACGCCGCCGACCGUCUCAAGGCAUCUUCAAACGUGCGCCGCGACAAGGUCGAUGAGGCAAUCACAGCGCUGGACGAUGCUCGUAACAACGAGUUGGAGCUCAUGAGGAAGACACAGCGCGUUACUCAAAACCUGGUUCAGGAGCGUCGCCGCUGGUUCGCCCGCACAACCGCUGAUCUCCGCCUCAGCGUUCGCGAAUAUGUCCUUCGGGAAAUCGACGCCGAGCGUCGAACUCUAGCACUACUUGAAAGCGUACGCCCUGAUGUCCGGGCGAUUGAUGCCUCUGGCGGUCUCAGCAGGUUAGGGCGUGAGUCGCAUCCAACCGUGCGCCGGACGAGUGUGGCAGCUAGUCAAGGUCCCAAGGGCGAUGCUUGGAGCGGUGUGCCCCGGCGCUCGGAGAAUCUGCACAGGAGCAUAUCCGGGAGCUUUAUGGGCGGUCUACCUGAAGAAGACGAUGCUGAAGCAGACAAGGCUGCCACUGCCGGAAGAGGCCUAGGUGGCGUAGACGAGGAUGACGAGGACAGGGUCGAUGCUCGGAACGCCGCCAGCCGAUUGGCGACUAGCACGUUCUAG